ACCCGAACACACCCGACCGGGCACCCUACCCAAGUCACCCUUGUAACUGGGACAGUUGCGUGCGGGACGUGGGUACGGGAGCACGUACUGAAUACCUCUCCCAGUUAUUCACUACCCAGUCAUUAACGUUCCCUUGCUGGACUAUAAAUUUGAGAUCGUGAUGAGUCUCAGAGGACCACAGCGCCAGCUCUCCCAGGCUGCGGCGGUGGUGCCACAGGUCUUUGAAUGUGUGGCUCUGGGCCGGCCCACCUCCCCGGCCCUGAAGGACGCCGGCCAUCACUCCUGGAUCACCUAUCACCAUCUUAACGAGAGGGCCAACAAGCUAGCCAGAUGUAUACUGAAGCGUCUCCUGAGCACAACGUGUUCUAACCCUGACGGAGACAGGGUCGUGGCUGUGUGUAUGGCACCAUCCUCUCACUACGUCACCUCCCUACUAGCCAUACACAAGGCAGGAGCAGCAUAUCUGCCUCUCGAAGUGACGUUUCCCGAGGCCCGUCUCACCCAUAUACUGAAGGACUCGAAGCCUGCUCUACUGCUUGCCCAGGGUCACCCUUCAGUCAUCCACUCUGGCCACACCAACCCACAGCUGCAGAACAAUGUGCCCAUCCUUCACCUUGAGGACCUACAGACAGAGAUCGACAUGGAAAGCGGUGAUGACCUGACAGCUCAAGAGGUUGGUGUGGCUCUCACUGGGUCCACUAUUGCCACAAUAUUAUACACUUCAGGCUCUAGUGGUAUUCCCAAGGGGGUCAGAUUGUCUCACAGAGCACUGCUAAAUCGUCUGGCUUGGCAGUGGCAGACCUUUCCUUACCAAAAAGAUGAGGUAUGUUGCUUUAAAACAACUAUCAUAUUUGUGGACUCCAUCAGCGAGAUUUUUGGCCCGUUGUUAACUGGCCAUCAAGUGGUCGUCAUCCCUAAGACCAUGACUCAGGCUGUGGAUGAGAUGGUGGCCGUGCUGGAGAAAGAGAAAGUUGGAAGGCUGGUGUUAGUGCCAAGCUUGUUGCGAUCCAUUUUACUACACUGCUCUGCAGAUGACUCUCCAAAGCUGUCAUCUCUUAAGCUGUGGGUGUGUUCCGGUGAAGUCCUCAAAUCAGACUUGUUACAUUCCUUCUUUGAGACAUUCACAAGUGGUCAGACACUCUGCAACUUUUAUGGGUCUACAGAGGUGAUGGGUGAUGUGACUUAUCUACAGUUUUGUAACAGUAAAGAUGCUGCUGCCAAGUUAGUGAAUAACAAAGUUCCCAUCGGUGAGUGUAUUGGUGAAGCAUUCUACUGUUGCACAUUACUGACAUUAAUGCUAAAAAAUAGCUUCUGCAUCCACUAUGGCUCACAAGACGCAGCUACAGAAUGUAGUUUGUUCGACCAGGUACAUGGCAUAGCUAAAGUAUUCGUUGCAUUUUACACAACCACAAACAAGAAUUUGGUCCCUGAGGUGUUAAAAGUAUAUCUUGCAUCACUUCUCAUGCCUUAUAUGCAACCACAGCUUGUUCACAUGGAUGAGCUACCAUUGCUAGUGAAUGGUAAAGUUGACCGUCUGCAGCUACUCAAUAUUUAUGAGAAAAGCACAGAAGAUUAUCAAGUAGAUGUUGAUUUGAGCGGUGUGAGUGAUAACGAGGAGGCCGCAGCUCGUGCUCUCUUACUAACAGUUGCCCGUGUGUUGGGCCCAACAGCUGCAAGAGGCAAACGCCUCUCACUUAAUGCUUCAUUCUUUGAGAUUGGUGGAAACUCCCUCAACUCUGUUAUGACUGUAACAUCACUCAAGGAUCUUGGCUAUAAUAUAGAUAUUGGGGUAUUUCUGAAAGCAAAGACCCUGCGGGAUGUUGUAGAAAAUUUGCAGAGUGGGAGCCAGCAGGAAGACUCCACAGCACUUGGCGUAUGCCGGCAAGCAACAGAGAGCAAUCAAUAUACACUCAUGAUGCUCAACAAUAGCCAUAAAGAUGCUGUUAUUGCCUUGUUGAGCGAGUGCUUUACUACGAAGGGAGACUUGGAGAUGUGGCUCCAUGCAGAACCUUGGGAAUACAUCCAGCUGCUAAAUUCAGUAUAUGAUCAUUUGGUUGAGAAGGAACUUAGCUUUGUAUUAACAAGACGAGGCUCGGAUGAGGUCGUUGGCUGUGCUUUAAACCUUGAUUUCCGUGAUGAGCCGCCAAUGGAGGGGCUGUCGCAUAAUCUUGAAUAUAUACUUACCAUCCUGGACGUCUGUGAAACACCAGCAAGGACUAAAUUACCAGAGGAAAUUGGAACAGUUCUGCACGGCUUUAUGAUGGGGACAUUACUGGAACUUGGGCCAGCGGAAAAUGUGGAACUUAUCAAGAUCAUGGAAGAAGAAAAUUUGAAAUUAGCAACGAAGAAAGGGUUCAAGGCAAUUGUUACAACAAAUACAUCUCCUCUCACACAGCAAGUGUGUGAUGACGUGUUGUCAUACCAAGUCCUCCACGACUACCAGAUUAACCUGUGGGUGGCUGCAGAUGGCACCAAACCCUUCGGGUCUGCUCCUGAUUCUCAGCAUAUUAUUACAACUGCAAAGUUUUUGUAGAAGGUGUUCUUUUUGAUGUUUCAUAAAUAAAUGAGAGCCAGUGUAAUUGUUAAGUUUAAAUAGAAAUUAUUAUUUGACAUAUAAAUGUAACCUGUUAAGAUAGUUUUUGUUUGUGGAUUAUGUUCAGUCUGAAGGCACAUACUUAUGUUAGUUUAGUUUAGUUCAUUUAUUAUGCACCCCAUACCCAUCUUGUGGGCGGUAGUGGAAAGGGUUACAGAGGCACAUAAUGGGCUCAGGGACUGAACCCCACAAUUCAUUUAGCUAAGCAAGUUACAAUGUUGAUGAGCUAGUUACAAAAUUCAAUAUAAGUCGUCACAUCAACAAUGGGUUCGAGAUCGACCUCAAUACUUAUGUGAACAGCAGGAACUUUUAAGUUCAUGAAGUAAAUGAGAUGGGAAAAUAUAUACAGUAUACUAAUAUAAAGUGUAACUGAUAGGUAAAGUUUAUAUACAUAGUUAUAUUUAUGCAUGCACUUUCACUAGUAAUAGAAGCUGGAGAUAUACAGUAUAAGAAAGCAGUUUACCCAAAAAUAUAAUCAUUAUAAUAAUAACAAACACACCAAUCUAACAAAAUGCAGCAUACUUUAUUUAAAUCACUGAACAUGCUAAAUAGAAAAGUAAUACACACACUAUCAUAUAUAUUCUAUAACAUUAGAACUGAAGUUCAAUAUGAAUUCUGACCUAAAACAUUUUUUGAAGAGUGCAACAGAUACCACAUAAAAGAUAAUUCUCUCUGCAUUUGUGAGAUUCCAAAUGAAUUGAAAUGCUGCAUAGUGGGUCUCUGAUUUAUGGAUAUCCAGCAUAAGAACAGCUUCCAAGUUUCCAAUUUAGUCCCCCCUAGUCCUGCUAUAUAUGAACCAAUUCUGAAGUCCCCGCAUUACAGUGCUAAUGCAAUAGUUCAGUUGUUUAUUGAGGACAAGUUCUUCAAUAAUUGCUGAUAAGAAGAGGAAGUAUGCUUGUUUGCAUACACUUGUAUGCUUGUUUGCACUGGUUCUCAUGUAUCAUCAACGAGGUUUACCUGGUUUACCUGCUUCUUUACCUUUACUUAUGACUUUUUAUUUUGUUUAUUUUUAUUUUUUACUUUACUGUCUCUUCCUUCAGUACUGUAAUCUUACCAUUUUGCUCUUCAAAAAGCAUAAAUUCAGACAAGCAGUGCAGUGUUUCUUAUUGUCUUAACAUUUUGAAUUUUGUAAGAUUCAUUUUUAAUAGUUCAGAAAUGUAUCCCCCCCAUUUAUAGUACUGUGCUUAUGGAAUAUCUGGUUCAGUUACAAAUGCCUUUUCAGAAUUCGUCCUGUUCAUUAAUUGGGGACUGCAUGUACUAUCUUUAACCCAUUUAAAAAAAAUUAAGUGCUGUAUUAAUUCUAUGUUUAAUAUUAUG